ACCGAGCCCGGCUCCAAGUUCUGGGACUCCAACCUGUCUGUGUACACGGACAACCCAGACCUGACUCCCUGCUUCCAGAACUCCCUGCUGGCCUGGGUCCCCUGCAUCUACCUGUGGGUCGCCCUGCCCUGCUACCUGCUCUACCUGCGGCACCAUCAUCGAGGCUACAUCAUCCUCUCCCACCUGUCUAGGCUCAAGACGGUCCUGGGAGUUCUGCUGUGGUGUGUCUCCUGGGCGGACCUUUUUUACUCCUUCCAUGGCCUGGUCCACGGCUGGGCCCCUACACCUGUCUUCAUUGUCACGCCCCUGGUGGUGGGGGUCACCAUGCUGCUGGCCACCCUGCUAAUCCAGUAUGAGCGGCUGCGGGGGGUGCAGUCUUCGGGGGUCCUCAUCAUCUUCUGGUUCCUGUGUGUGGUCUGCGCCAUCAUCCCCUUCCGCUCCAAGAUCCUUUCGGCCAAGGCAAAGGGUGAGAUCUCAGACCCCUUCCGCUUCACCACCUUCUACAUCCACUUUGCCCUGGUGCUCUCUGCCCUCAUCCUGUCCUGCUUCAGGGAGAAACCGCCGUUUUUCUCCCCAAAGAACGUCGACCCUAACCCCUGCCCAGAGGCCAGUGCUGGCUUUCUCUCCCGCCUGUCUUUCUGGUGGUUCACAAACAUGGCCGUCCUCGGCUACCGGCAUCCCCUGGAGGAGCAGGACCUCUGGUCCCUGAACAAAGAGGACAGCUCCCAGAUGGUGGUGCAGCGGCUGCUGGAAGCAUGGAGGACGCAGCAAAAGCAGUCGGCGCGACACAAGGCUGCGGCGGUAUCUGGCAAGAAGGCCUGUCGCGAGGACGAGGUGCUGCUGGGUGACCAGCCAAGGGCCCGGGAGCCCUCCUUCCUGUGGGCCUUGGUGGCCACCUUCGGCUCCAGCUUCCUCAUCAGCGCCUGUUUCAAGCUGGCCCAGGACCUGCUCUCCUUCAUUGGUCCUCAGCUACUCAGCGUCCUGAUCCAGUUCAUUUCAAACCCCACAGCCCCUUCCUGGUGGGGCUUCCUAGUGGCCGGGCUGAUGUUCCUGUGCUCCGUGAUACAGACGCUGAUACUUCACCAGUACUACCACUGCAUCUUUGUGACUGGGUUGAGGAUCCGUACGGGGAUCAUAGGCGUCAUCUACAGGAAGGCUCUGGUCAUCACCAAUGCGGUCAAACGUGCAUCCACUGUGGGGGAAAUUGUCAACCUCAUGUCCGUGGACGGCCAGCGCUUCAUGGACCUUGCCCCCUUCCUCAACUUGCUGUGGUCGGCACCCCUGCAGAUCUUUCUGGCCAUCUACUUCCUCUGGCAGAACCUCGGUCCCUCUGUCCUGGCUGGAGUUGCUCUCAUGGUCUUGUUGAUUCCACUCAACGGAGCCGUGGCCAUGAAGAUGCGUGCCUUCCAGGUGGAGCAAAUGAAGUUCAAGGACUCGCGCACCAAGCUGAUGAAUGAGAUCCUGGGUGGCAUCAAGGUGCUGAAGCUGUAUGCCUGGGAGCCCAGCUUCUUGGAGCAGAUAGAGGGCAUCAGGAAGGGUGAGCUCCAGCUGCUGCGCAAGACAGCCUACCUCCAUGCCAUAUCCACCUUUGUCUGGACCUGCACCCCCUUCAUGGUGACUCUGAUCACCCUCGGGGUGUACGUGUGGGUGGACCCGAACAAUGUGCUGGACGCCGAGAAGGCCUUUGUGUCUGUGUCCCUGUUCAAUAUCUUGAAGACGCCCCUCCACCUGCUGCCCCAGUUAAUCAGCACCCUGGCUCAGACCAGUGUGUCUCUGAAACGGAUCCAGCAUUUCCUGAGCCAAGAUGAACUUGACCCUCAGUGUGUAGAAAGAAAGACCAUCUCCCCAGGCUAUGCCAUCACCAUACACAGCGGCACCUUCACCUGGGCUCAGGACCUGCCCUCCACCCUGCACAGCCUAGACAUCCAGGUCCCAAAAGGGGCACUGGUGGCCGUGGUGGGGCCCGUAGGCUGUGGGAAGUCCUCCCUGGUGUCUGCCCUGCUGGGAGAGAUGGAGAAGCUGGAAGGCAAGGUGCACGUGAAGGGCUCCAUAGCCUACGUGCCCCAGAAGGCAUGGAUCCAGAACGGCACUCUUCAGGAAAACAUACUGUUUGGCAAAGCCCUGGACACCAAGUGCUACCAGCGGGCUCUGGAGACCUGUGCCCUGCUGGCUGACCUGGAGAUGCUGCCUGGUGGGGACCAGACAGAGAUUGGAGAGAAGGGCAUUAACCUGUCUGGUGGCCAGCAGCAACGGAUCAGUCUGGCUCGAGCUGUUUACAGUGACGCGGACAUCUUUUUGCUGGAUGACCCGCUGUCUGCGGUAGACUCUCAUGUAGCCAAGCAUAUCUUCGACCAAGUCAUCGGGCCAGAAGGUGUGCUGGCGGGCAAGACUCGGGUGCUGGUGACGCAUGGCAUCAGCUUCCUGCCGCAGACAGACUUCAUCGUUGUGCUGGCCGACGGGCGGGUGUCCGAGAUGGGCCCCUACCAAGCCCUGUUGCAGCGCAACGGCUCUUUUGCCAACUUCCUCCGAAACUACGCCCUCGACGAUGACCAGGAGCAGCUUCAGGACAGCAGGACAGAGGAUGAGAAAAUUCUGCUGAUCGAAGACACACUUAGCAACCACACAGACCUGAUGGAUAGCGAGCCAGUCACAUAUGAGGUUCAGAAGCAGUUUAUGAGACAGCUGAGUACCCUGUCCUCGGAUGGGGAAGGCCAGAGCCGGCUUGGGUCCCGGAGAUGCCUGAGUCCAUCAGAGAAGGUGCAGAUGGCAGAGGCGAAGGCGAGUGGUGUGCUGAUUGAGGAGGAGAAAGCAGAGACCGGCACCGUGAAGCUGAGCGUGUUCUGCGACUACGCCAAGGCUGUGGGGCUCUGGACUACCCUGGUCAUCAUUUUCCUGUAUGCAGGUCAAAGUGCAGCAGCCAUCUGGGCCAGUGUGUGGCUCAGCGACUGGGCAAAUGAUGCCAUGGUGGAGGAAAGACGGAACAACACCUCCCAGAGGCUGGGCGUCUACGCUGCCUUGGGAUUUCUGCAAGGGCUCCUGGUGAUGCUGUCGGCCAUGACGUUGGCGGUAGGAGGCAUCCAGGCUGCGCGCUUGCUGCACCAGGCGCUGCUGCACAACACGAUGCGCGCGCCGCAGUCCUUCUUCGACACGACGCCCUCAGGCCGUGUCCUCAACCGCUUCUCCAAAGACAUCUACGUCAUCGAUGAGGUUCUGGCGCCCAACAUCCUCAUGCUGCUCGGUUCCUUCUUCACCUCCCUCUCCACCCUCGUGGUCAUUGUGUUCAGCACACCGCUCUUCGCCGUGGUCAUCCUGCCCCUGGGUGCGCUUUACACGUUUGUGCAGCGCUUCUACAUGGCCACGUCACGACAGCUGAAGCGGCUGGAAUCGGUCAGCCGCUCACCCAUCUACUCCCACUUUUCGGAGACAGUGGCUGGCACCAGUGUCAUCCGGGCCUAUGACCGCAGUCAUGACUUUCAGGUCACCAGUGAUACUAAGGUGGACACCAACCAGAAGAGCUGCUACCCCCAUAUCGCCUCCAACCGGUGGCUGGGCGUCCGAGUGGAGUUUGUGGGGAACUGUGUGGUGCUCUUUGCUGCCCUGUUUGCUGUGAUCGGGAGAAGCAGCCUGAACCCAGGGCUGGUGGGCCUUUCUGUGUCCUAUGCCCUGCAGGUGACGAUGGCUCUGAACUGGAUGAUACGAAUGAUGUCAGAUAUGGAGUCUAACAUUGUGGCCGUGGAGAGAGUCAAGGAGUACUCCAAGACAGAGACUGAGGCGCCCUGGGUGGUGGAGGGCAGUCGCCCUCCCCAAGGCUGGCCCCCACUGGGGGAGGUGGAGUUCCGGAAUUACUCGGUGCGCUACCGCCCGGGCCUGGACCUGGUGCUGAGAGACCUGAGUUUGCACGUGCGCGGUGGCGAGAAGGUGGGGAUCGUGGGCCGCACUGGGGCUGGCAAAUCGUCCAUGACCCUCUGCCUGUUCCGCAUCCUGGAGGCAGCAGAGGGUGAAAUCCUCAUCGACGGCCUCAACGUGGCCGACAUUGGCCUCCAUGACCUGCGUUCAAAGCUCACCAUCAUCCCCCAGGACCCCAUUCUGUUUUCGGGGACCCUGCGCAUGAACCUGGACCCCUUCGCCCGCUACUCAGAGGAGGACAUUUGGCGGGUUCUGGAGCUGUCCCACCUGCAUACGUUUGUGAGCUCCCAGCCAGCAGGCCUGGACUUCCAGUGCUCGGAGGGCGGGGAGAAUCUCAGCGUGGGCCAGAGGCAGCUUGUGUGCCUGGCCCGAGCCCUGCUGCGAAAGAGCCGCAUCCUGGUCUUAGACGAGGCCACGGCCGCCAUCGACCUGGAGACGGAUGACCUCAUCCAGGCAACCAUCCGCACCCAGUUUGACACCUGCACUGUCCUGACCAUCGCACACCGGCUGAACACGAUCAUGGACUACACCAGGGUCCUGGUCCUGGACAAAGGGGCAGUAGCUGAAUUUGACUCUCCAGCCAACCUCAUUGCAGCUAGAGGCAUCUUCUACGGGAUGGUCAAAGAUGCAGGACUUGCCUAAAAUGUGUUCCUGGGACUUCCUCUUUGCAGUUCCUGGUUUUUAUCCGAAAGGAAAAGGACACCAAAUGUGCCCACAGAAUGGAUUUGAUGGCAAACGCUGGGGGCUUUUGUUAGAUUUUGCACCUGUAAAGUGCCUCAUAGAACAACUGUGCUAAAUGUUUAGAUGAGAAAUGAGGUCCACAAGGUGAAUGGCAAGCCCAAGGUUACGGCUGGUUUGAGGCAGUCACAUGACUCCCCAGGUCUCAAUUCCUGAUCCAGUGUUAUUUCCACACUGUACUGUUUUCAAACAAUCAUUUCAGAAGAUGAUCUCCCGUCUCCCUCUGAUUUUUCAUAUUGUCUAAAGUAUUUUUUUUAAAUAAAAAGCUUUUCUUCCUGGAACAGAAGGCUGCUAGGUCAUACCACCCCUGGGAACUGAGUCCUGUACUCUGGGGUGCUGCCUGAUUCCAUUAAAAAUGGAAUAGUGAUUAAAUAAAACAUGUGGUAAACAACA